UGAAAACAAAGGGAGUGAAGCCAUAAAUUUAAAGAGCAACCAAAAGGUUUGUCAAAAUGAAGAGAGGAACCAUUCCACAGAAGAACUUAGCAAGUCUGAAAUCCAGGAGGAGCUGAAAAAGGCUAAUAGCCUUCCUAGUUUGACUCCUGGAAUCAAAACAUCAGAUAAAGACAAGCAACCCCGAGAAGGCUUUUUUCAUUUUCUUGGAAGCUUAUUUAAUAUUGCAACAAAAUCUUCUUUGGUAGAAUCUAAACCCCCCGCCUUCCAAGAUGAACCCAGCAGAUGUGAAAAGAAUUUACAGAACACAAAUACCCUUCUGGAGGACAUGCAGCCAAAGCACCCAAAAAUUGAAGAGCCUCUUUGUUCUACAGCUAGAAUAGGAGAGGAUUCUGUAAAUAAAGAUGAUGCUGUCUUAAAUAAUAUUGGGAAAGAUACCUCACAGGAUCUGCAAGGAGGCUGGAAAAGAUCUGCGGAUGCGCAACAGCAAAUGCAACGGAAGCCAGAAGCACCUGCAGUCACUUAUGCAACAUAUCGAGGUUCUGCAAGGAUUAGGCAGCUACUGAAGAAUCAGUCAGAAAUGAAUGAAAGAGGAGAAGAAAGUACUGAGAACAGAAAUGCUUCAGUGGUCAAAGAAAAUGGAGAAAUUCAAACAACUGUCUCUCCAAAAUCAGGACACUUGAUGAAAGAAAAUGGAGAUGAUGAGGGUAAAGAUCACAAAGAUGAUGCCAUAGUAAAGUCUUCUGCAGUUAAAAUGGGAAGGAAAAAGUCUGGUAAAGCUCAGCAUUGCUUGGGUAGCAGUAAACAUGAAAUAACUGCAAAGGCCACAACUUCAUCUACUGAAUCAUCUCAUGAGAUAGACUUAAGACAUAUGCCUGCUUUAGCUGCAACAAAAGUUAAAAGGACAUAUUCACUAGAUUCAUUAUUGUCAUCUAGUAGUAGAAACAGUGAGUUCCUAACCAAUUCCACUUCCCAGAUUACCAGUUCCCUUAAAAUGAGUUCUGCAGACAACUUGGUUGGAAGAGAAGAUGGACUGCUGGGAGAAGCAGAAGCUCUGUUUCAAGCAGACAAAAAUGCCACGUCUAACUUCGAUAAAGAAAAUGAUUGUAGUAAAAUAGCUAAUAAGGAGUCCACAAAAGAAACACAGGAUGAUUGUUUACAUUCACCCAAAUCAAAAAGUAAGACAGUUAAUGGAAAAUUACAGGUGAGUAAGGGAGAAUUUUGCUGUAAUCGUCAAAUGGAUAGUCACUCAGAGCUAACACUGGAUGUCCAGAUGCUUUGUUCCAGUACCACUACAUUUCAGCAGCAAGCAGAUCAGCAUAUAGGUGGUGCAGAUAAAAAUCGUGAUCCAAGAAAAAGUGAUACACAGAAAAUUGUGGCAGCUGUAGAAAAAGAGCAAAAUCCACAGAACUUUCUUGCUACUGUUCUUUUACCUUUUAAUGAACAAAUACCCACUCUACUUAACAUGGAGUCCAAAAGAGAAAAAUGCAUAGCCACAGGUAAUCUAAGUACUUCAGUGUCAUCUAUUAAAAAUGAUGAAGAUGUUGUCAUGGACAGGGGGACUUGUAAUGAAGAACUGAGUGAGUUAGGGAAACCAGUGCAAGUACAAAAUGAUCACCAAUUAAUCCAUGUGGAGAAUUCUAAGGAUGCUGCCACACAGCAGACUGGUUUACCUUGUCCAGAAGCUAAGGCUGUGGAAACAAUGAAGGUUUUAUCUGAGGUUGCAGUGGAAAACUUUGCCAAUGUAUCGUCGUGCAUACAUGGAUGUGAAAGUGUGAAAUCUAACUUGGAUAAGCUGACAGUACCUCUCUCUGUAACUAAUGAGUCGUCUUUUGAAACUGGAGGCUGUUCCUCAGCUUCCCUUCAUCCUAGUUGCAAGUCCAAAAAUAUAGGGAAAAGAGAAGUCAGUUUAAAAGAUGAGAGAGAGACACUUUCUCAUCCUGAUCUUGAAUAUGAGAAGAACAAAUCCUUUGAGCCUGUAGAGAUGAGCCUCUCAGAAAACUCUAUUUCUGUCCACAACUGUGGUCCUGUUUCCCUUGAAGCUGUUCAAGACUUUCCUGCCAAGGCAUUAGCUAUACUCACAGAAAAUAACGCAGCAAAGCCUGCGCCUUGCCCUUUAAUCACCAUUGACAGGACAGACAAUCAUACUCCUGCUUCUAAAAUUGACAAGACUGGCAUGACUGAGGUUGCUUUUUUUCCUUCUGAGUGUAAAGAUUGCGUCUUUGAACUUUCCUCUUAUAUUUCUAAGUCGCAAGAAAAAAAUCUGGAGGUUUCUCAUUCUGCCUUGAGAUAUGGAGGAGGAGCUUUGACCAACCAUUCUGCUUUCAUCAGUGAAAAAGACGUAGACGUAAUUUCUGAAUCUCCACCUGUUUCUGAAGAUGGGUGUAUUAAUUUUUCUUCCAAGAAGGAAAACAGUAAUAUGCCUAGGCUGUCACCUACAGUACAUGAUUCUUCAUCUGACAACCAAGGAAAAAUGCUUUUUCCUGCCACUAACUCUGAAAAUGGCCAGACUGCUAGAUGGUCUGCUGCUUCUGAACAGGACAGCUUUAUUUUUCCAGCUGCUGAGUCUAGGAGAAUAAUCCCUGAGGACAGAAUGACCAAGGUGCCACUUUGCUCAGGAGACCCGAGAGCUUUGUGCCCAGCCGGUUCUCUGGAACCUGAGCUUACUCCAGCUACGCUUGAUGACUCUGCUGCUGGAGUAGAUGUGGGGGGUGUUUGCAUCCCCAAGCCCACUUCACCUACUCUGGGAUCCAGAGAAGCCUCCAACCAUUCCAUUUCUGCCUUGGAAAUGUUGAGCGUUGCUCAGGGGAACAGUAAUUCUUCCAGUCACAGAGCUAGUGACGGGGCAGAGGAGGCCUCAUCCACACAACAGGCUGACAGCAGUGUCUUGGUAGAGGCAAUGCCAUCACCCAUCUGUCCUUUGAAAUCUUUGGAAACAGCAUCCAAGUCAGCCUGUACUGAGAGUGUGUGCAGAAAUGCUGUGGGACAUGUGAUUCUUGGUAACCAUGCUUCUGCUAUCUCAGAAGCCCCUUCUGUGACAGAUGAUCAAACAGCUGGUGCACCUACUCAAAUAGAGUCAAAUGAGCUCUGUUCUGACGAAGUAUGGGAGGAUACCGAUACGAAGGGACAAGAACAUGCUAAAUUCCACAAUGGUGCUGUGUUUAAAAAAGCUGAGGAAAUAGUGGACUCAGUUUUACACUUGGCUGUAGAAGAAAUAAUAGCAAAACAAGCCAUUGGUGUCUGCCAGUUUUGUGGGAGUAAGGAUAGUUUCAUAAAUAUGGAUAUUCUAAAUGAUCAGAAAGCUGCAACUGUGCAGCUGGAAGCAGAAGAAAUCCAGUCAGCUGUGCAGUCAUUAAAACAUUUUAAUGAGAGCAGUGGAGGAGGCUCAUCUUCAUUUGCAGGAAAUGAAACAGUGGAUACAAAUAAUCAAGAUGAAAAGAUGCUAUCUUACAUCCCUGAGAAAAUUGACCUACAUAGUGCACUAACACUAAAAGCAAAAGAAACAGCUGAUGAAGUCAUUAACUCAGCUAAACAAAAACUGGCAUCCAAUCAGUGGCAAGGCAGUGAGAAUAAAAGGCCUUCUGAAAAGGUUGAGCCUAAACCUAAGGCUGAAACACCAAAAAUUUUAAACUUUGAUAUGAAGUUACCUGCCAAAACACAGGAACCAACAGAGAAUAAGGAAACUUGUAGUGUAACGGUAAACUGUGAAAAGGCAGAUUGCUCAGGUCCUCCUUUGCUUCCAAAUAGUAUGGAAAAUGGCAUAGAUUGGCCCCAAAGAGGUGAAAAGAUACCAAAUAAUGCAUUUCCAUGUCAAACAAAUGGAUUUCUACCCACUGGUAGUUCAGCAAGGCUAGAAUCAGAUCUUAGGACACCAGCAAAAGAGAGACAUGAUAGAAAGCUGUGUGAACAUCAGGCUGCAACAGAGAUGUGUGGCAAAGCUGGAGUAUCAGCAACUAGUAGAAAAUCUGAUGGAUCUUUACAUUUAAUACAUAGAGAUGCUACUGUGACUGAAGAGAUGCUUCUGUCAUUGCAGUUAAAACAUUCAUGCAAUAAUACAAAUAUGCCAGAAUGCACGUUGCUGCCAACUGUAAAUAUUAACUUGUCAUCUUUUAUGCCUGAUGAAGAAUGUAUCGGCAUGCAGAGUGAAUCCAAAGACAAAAGCAGUCCUCAGGAAUCUCUGGAAAGCAGUGCAGAGGACAGUCCAUGUGCACACUGCAGAAGAGAGGCUGCAGAAGUACCUGCACAAGUAAAAGCAACCUUAGAAGAUUCAAAGGCAGUGGAGAGUAAGGAGGAACUAGCAGAAGGGUUAAGUGAAAUAGUAGAGGUUAAUACUGGAUUAAACACACAGUUCAUUGUACAUGAAUUUUCUGUUAUGGGAAAGGACAGUGAAGGGGAAAACUGCUUCAACACAGUCUUUGCCAAAAAUAAUGAUAAUCUGAAAAAGGUACAAAUGAAGGAUCGAGACAUGAAGAGAAAUGAUCAGCUUGAAGGAAAUGGUCUGGGCUGCAGCGAUGACAUGAAGGAAUCGACAGAUCUUGUAGCCUUUUCCCCACUAAUUGAACAAUGGGAGAACAAUUCUUUUACUAUCAUUUAUGAAGGUACCCUUCAAACUGAGAACAAAUCUGUCUCAACUGACAAUACACAGACUGGUUCGCUUUCUUCUUCUGAUUUGCCUUCAGAUAAUAUAGAUCAUCUCAUGUGUGAAAGAGCAAAGAAUAACCAUGAGUUAGCAUGUCUUUAUGGGAAGGAUAACAAGUUGAAUGAAGCAACAGAUAGCCGUAGCUCGGAGUCAUUUCUGAGUGUGGAGGCCAAGCGCUAUAGAGUAUAUCCUUUCUCUUUGUCUCCAAUAUAUGAAGAUGACAGCUCCCAAGAAGACUUGCUUUCCACAGACGUGUCGCCAGAAGGCCAUCCUAGUGGAAUAUCUAAAGAAAACACUGACCAUGCUUCUGUGCUUUCCCUUCUGCAGUCAGUUUCUGAGCGCUUACAGUUUACUACUCAGCUCAAAAAUAUGUUUGAUGUUGAGAGAGAAGGUGACUGUCUUUCCAGUCAAUGGAGAGGGAAAGUAAAAACAACACUUCAGUCAAAUGACCAGAAUAGAUCUUUGUUUCCUGAACAAUCACUUUUUCUUUCAGAAGAACAACUUGACUCUAAGGAGCAACCAGAACUGUUUCCAAAUGCGGCUUCUCCCAGUCAAACACCUUUUAAGCCAGUUUCACAGAAAGCUGAUGCAGCUCUAAAGUGUCCUCCUACAAGUGUGUACUACCAGUAUUUGAAAUCUGCCAACAAUUGCUCCUCUGAGAAGGGGACCAGGUUUGGAAGCAUUCUCCAGGAUAUGUUGCAGCCAAAGAUUCAUUGGUCUCAAGACAACACCAUGCCAAAACUGGGAGAACUGUCAACGAACCUCAUUGACAGGGCAAGUCUCAAAUACAAUCCAAGGCCGGGAAGGAUUAUUAUUUAUGAUAUUUAUGGUGACAAAAGUAAACAAGAAGUUCAUUCGGAUGUGCUAAAUACCACGUCCUGGAUCUUUCCCAUUGGAGCAUUACUUAGGAUAAUUAGAGGAUGUUGGAUUUUUUAUGAGAAACCAAAGUUCCAGGGUCGGAAGUAUGUACUAGAAGAAGGAGAGGCUGUGCUGGAUCAUCUUUGGGAUCUCCCGGGCAUGAAACAUCAUCAAAGAAACCUCACAGUUGGUUCAAUCAAACAUGUAACAAAGGACUGUGGUGUUCCAGAGGUAGAGUUCUGCCUGGCAGCUGGUGGUACAGAGGGACUUCCUAUCUGCAUACAGAGUGCAGUUGCCAAUUUAGAAGAACUGGAUGUUGAGAAAAACCCUUUUAUAAGAGUCAAAUCAGGAGUAUGGCUUGCUUAUUCAGAUUUUAAUUACAAGGGAGAGAUGAAGGUUUUGGAAGAAUGCGAUUCACCAUCUGAAAUUCCUUCAGCAGAUGUAAAAUCUCUGCGUCCCUUAAAAAUGGGUGGACUAAAGGUACAAAUGCCAAUGAAUGUCAAGAUAAUAAUAUAUGAGAAAACCCACUUUGGAGGAUGGUCCAAAGAGUUUUCAGAAAACAUCAGUUCUGUUCCAGCUCUGUUUGGUAGUGAAGAGGAGUUUCAGGAAAUUGGAUCAAUACGUGUAAUUGGUGGAGUAUGGGUUGGCUAUAAUAAGGAACGCUACAAAGGCCGUCAGUACUUGCUGGAGGAGGGAGAUUAUGAAGACAGACACUCAUGGGGCGGAACUGACAGUGUCCUCCUGUCUUUCCGGUUCCUUCAGGCUGAUUUCAUAGAGUCAUCAGUGGCACUUUUUCAGUCUGAUGAUGAAGAUGGGAAAGCAUUAGACAUUGUCAAUGAAGAAAUCCCUGAUCUGGAGCAGGCUGGAUUUGGCCCAGAGACGAGGUCGAUUCUUGUGAGAAGUGGAGUGUGGGUCGCAUAUCAGCAGAAAUAUUUCUGUGGUGAACAGUAUGUAUUGGAGAAAGGAAAAUAUAAAUGUUUCUUUGACUGGGGAGGAUCUAGUAAAAUCAUCAUGUCAAUCCGACCUAUUAAGUUGGAACCGCUUGGAAUGAAUGAGCCUCCACAUUUGCUCAAAGCUUUCAGUAAUACACAUUUCCAAGGAGCAUGUAUAGAUUUCACAGCAGAAGUUUCUGAUUUUACAUCAUUCAUACCAUGUUCUUUUAAGGUUCUUCGGGGAUGUUGGCUCCUGUAUUACCAAGGGGAAAUGACUGACAAUCACUGUGUGCUGGAAGAAGGCCUCUACGCUGACCUCAGUUCCUGUGGCUGCCCAACUGCUACAAUCAAAUCCCUCAAGCCUAUUCAAUAUGUUUUUGCUGAGCCCUCCAUUAGUCUGUUCGCUCUGGAAUGCUGCAAGGGCAGAGAGCUGCACUUCAGUGAACCCAUCAAUUCUGUUUUGAAUGAGGACCUUCAUUUUUACACUCAGUCUGUAUGGGUGAAAAGUGGAUUGUGGAUUGCGUAUGAAGGAUGUAAUUUUUUAGGAAAGCAGAUUCUGCUGGAGCCCAGUGAGAUUUCAAACUGGAAUGAACACAGUGGCUGGAAAGUAAUUGGCUCCCUUCGUCCUAUGAAGCAGCCAGCAGUGUACCUCAGAGUGAAGAACCGAGCCCAAGGUAAGUAUCUGACAGUCACUGGAAGCCUAGCAGAUGUAAGAGCAACAUCAGUAUGUGCGUCCCCAUAUAAUGGCAAGAAUACCCAGAUCUGGCACUACUGUCGUGGACUCUUCAAAUCCAAGGCUAACAAUGCCUGUCUGGAUGUCAUUGGUGGCAGAGAUGUGCCUGGGGCCAAAGUCGCGCUCUGGGCAGAACAUGGGAAGGACAGGCAAAAGUGGAAACUCAGUGAGGAUGGAACCAUCAGUUCAUACCUCAGCGACCAACUGGUGCUUGACAUUAAAGGGGGAAAUUAUUAUGACAAGAAUCACAUCAUUAUGAAUCAGCCAAUAGACAACAGACGUUCACAAAAAUGGGAUAUUGAAAUAUUGUGAGUAAAACCCAUCACACAGAUGGACCUCAUGUGGAUUAUUAACAGCUAGAGGGGGAAAAAACUACUGAAGUCACACACCACUGGAACCUUAAGAAGCAACUCCUCUCUACUUGCCUUCAUACCAAGCACCAACUCUUAAAACAACUGAAUCUUGCACAAAUGGAAGAUGGGAAG